GUUCCCCUUCGGGGCAUUGUGGGAAGGCUCGGAGCGGCCCGGCCUCACCUGCGCGGGGCGGGGAGGGGCGCGGGGCGGGAGGGAGGCGGCCGGCAGCCAGCCGGGCUGGGCCGGGCCGGGCCGGCUUCCAGCCUGCCGCCGCCGUCACACCAUGAUACACUUCAUACUGCUGUUCAGUCGGCAGGGGAAAUUAAGGCUUCAGAAAUGGUACACGACGCUGCCUGAUAAAGAGAAGAAAAAGAUCAUUCGAGAAAUUGUUCAGAUUGUUUUGUCUCGCAAUCAAAAAACAAGUAGUUUUGUUGACUGGAAAGACCUCAAGCUUGUUUACAAAAGGUACGCUAGUUUGUAUUUCUGCUGUGCAAUAGAAGACCAGGAUAAUGAGCUCCUGACACUAGAGGUCGUUCAUCGAUACGUGGAGCUUCUGGACAGAUACUUUGGAAAUGUGUGUGAGCUGGAUAUUAUCUUUAAUUUUGAAAAAGCAUAUUUUAUUCUUGAUGAGUUUAUAAUUGGUGGAGAAGUACAAGAAACUUCUAAGAGGUCUGCAGUGAAAGCCAUAGAAGACUCUGACAUGUUGCAGGAGACAGUGGAAGAGUACAUGAACAAGCCUGCAUUUUAAUGUUAAAACUACCUGGAGAGAGAACUGCUGUGCAUGCACCUGUAAAAUGCACUUCCUGAAAUUGUUUCCCAGUGUGCCAGAUCCUCAGAGCGAUACCAAAAACCAAUAACUAAAGGGGUUUGUUUGUAUAAUGGUGAAGAUGAAGGUCAGCUAAUGUAGCACGGGGUUUAACAAUUCUGUACUUGCAUUAUUCUGCAGAGUUGUUAUUACCCUUGAUCUAGUUUCUCCUCUCCUUGCUGGACUAAACACUUGUUUUGUACCAUGUCUUUUAGCUACGGGUUUUGUCAUCACAAAACAUUACUCUGCCAGUACUUUGAAGAGGUAUUUUUACUCCUUUUGGUCCACUGCUGACCAUAUGACUCUACUUUUGUACAAAUGUCCAUUAUUUUGAAUGUAAUGGUUAUUCUGCUCUAAUAAUAAUUUUGUUUUUUAAAAGCCAAA